UGCAGCGUGGUUGUCAGGAACAUGAGAGUAAUCGUCAGUGCAUGGACAAUACAUUACUGCUACUGCUACUGCCGCUGGAGGUCUGUACCUGGAAAAUAUAAGUGGUGGUUGAUAGAGAACAGAGUCACGAGCGGAACAGUUCAUGUGCUUAAGAUUCCGCUACAGAUAGCGGCUUGCUCCAUCCCGAGGAGAUGGGAAUAAGAGGGCAAUGACAUGAAGCGUUGAGCUCAAGGCAAGGCCGCAUGGAUAAGACUUGCACAAGUAGUAGUCCUUGUAGAAGCGGGUUGAAGCAUCGGUUCGCUCGAAUGCUUCUUGGCUCCUCUUGCAGCUCCACCGCGACUGCUACCGAUGUGAUUAAGCUUUCUAGCAGCACUCUCCGACAACAAUUAGUGCCAGAAGAGUCCUCCAUCUGCCGCUCCGGCGACGGUCAACGUAAGCUUCGCAACCCUUUGUCGUUCCCUUCAAACGAUGGCGGCCACCAGCACUGCGUUGCUCCCGUCGUGCAAGGCUCUGUUCACCGUGGUGCCCGCCGCUCCGGUCACGAGAUUAAAAAGGAGAGGAGAGUCACCGAGAUUGGCGAGCGAAGCAAGUGCCCUCCCGCUCCUCCGGAUUCUCCGAUGAGGAAUCGCUACUACCGCUCUCACGACGAAGACAAGAAGAAGAAAGCUUGUGGGAGGAGAGGAAGCAGCCGAAGAAAGGCAACGAGGAAGCUGUUGUCAAGCAACGGUUAUGGAUUUAGCAGCUCUUCUUCCUUGGAUCGCAACGGCGAACUCGGUCUCUUCAGCAGCGGCGAGGAAGAGGAAGAGUCGGGAACUCUGUUCUCGUCGAAGAGCUUUUCUUCCGACUCCUCCGAGUUCUACUGCAACAACAACGGGAGGAGGAAGAAGAACAAGAAGAAGAGCGGGAGCAAGAGCAUGAAGAGCAACCAACCUUUGAGAGGGACCGCAACCGGUAAGCUUUGGCCAUUGGCCUCCCUUUCCUCGGCAGAGAAGAAACACAAGGCAGAGGCAGAAAUGGAGGUCGGAUUCCCUGUGGUGAAGAAGUCCAGUGAUCCGUACAUGGAUUUCCGAAGCUCCAUGGUGGAGAUGAUCGUGGAGCGGCAAAUGAGCAGCGCAAGCGACAUGGAAAGGCUCCUCCACUCCUACCUUUCCCUGAACUCUCAUCUCCACCACCCCGUAAUCCUCGAGGCCUUCCUCGACACAUGGGAAGCUAUCCUGGGUGAAUAAUACAUUUCGACUUCCUUUGUUCUUCCCCCGCUGUGAAAUGGAGUGAUACACUUAGAAUGAUCGUGAUGUAUGUAUCAACGUUUCUGUGUUGUUCCAACUAAAGGUUCGUGAUCAUAAUUCUACCAAUCCCACGAAUCAAACAAAUUGGCGAGCAA